AUGAAUAGAGUUAUCAUAGUUGGUCAGAAAAAGACUGCCAAAAUUGCCCUUUUGAGAAGCUUAUUUGAAGGGGUUACUGAGAGAAGUGAUGGCGAUGACAAUUCUGGGUUAAUAUUGAGUAAUGUUCCUCUGUCCACCCGUUACUAUUCUUGCAAUUUAGAUUUCAUGGUUGAUGAGUAUGAUGACUCAAAAGAAUGGGAGGAUUGGUGCGAGGAGAUACUAAGCGUCGAAGCUCUCGAGUUGCGAGAGGCUAUCAAUGGAAUUAUAUUCAUAUUUGAUUUCUCUUCAAAGAGUAUUCUCCAAGAUUUGACAAAAUUGUCUAAAGUCUACGAUCAAAUAGAGCAAGAUUUUUUACUAAGAAAUAAAGAUUCGAUACAAUGGGAGGGCAUCAAACUUGCAGUUGGAUUUUCCCGUUCUCCCGUAGCUCAACAACUACUGGAUGAAGUGUAUGAUGCCAGUCUUGAAAAGGGAAUUGAACUGGUUGAUCUUAGCAUAGCAUCGCAGGAGAAUGCUUACGGCGAAGCUACUGGCAUCCGAAGAGUCAAAGAAAUUUUGGAGACUUGCAGUUGGCCUGAUGUGGUGAAACUUCGCUGA